AUGGAUUAUUCUUCGGCCAUAGCCAACGACGCGGGCCGUGACCCAUGGGCCUCGUCGCCCCAGCACGAUCGGACCAUGUUCCACCAGGCCAACAACAACCACGACGUGCCGCCUAGCAACUCGCUGUCGCACCAGCCUCCGGCUCCUGAUGCCGACGACGAACACCAUGACGAGGACUCCCAAUUGCCUGCUCANACACAAUCAGUAUUCCUCGCAACAGCCUCAACCGCAGUCCUACGACAACAACUCGACCCGAUCAGAGCCUCAGCGCUACCACCACGCUCGUCCGCAACACCCCCUCAGCAGCUCAGCCAUCAACAGCUACCGCCCCAAAACUACCAGCAACAGCAACAACAGCAGCAGCAACAGCCGCAGCAACCGCGAAAACAGUACAAGCUUCAGGCCAAGAUUACUGCCUUGGAGCGCACCGGUCGCAAGGAUCCCGUCUUGCGCUUCGACGUCUAUACCAACUUGCCCAAGUUCCGUACCACCCAAUUCCGCGAUGUGCGACGCACCCAUUCCGAGUUUGUCAAGUUUGCCGACCAUCUCAUCUCGUCAAACCCCGAGGCUUUCGUACCUGCCGUUCCUCCUCCGCUCACUGCUGCUGGUGUUGGUACCGAAGAGGAUGAGGUGCGAGUCAAAACUUCGAUGCAGCGCUGGUUGAACACAGUCUGCUCCAACCAUGUUCUUAUGCGUGACGAGGAGAUGGUCUUCUUUGUCGAGAGCGAUUUCGGCUACAGCCCUGUUGUCAGGCGCAAGCAACCUGCUACGGGUGUUCGUCGCAAGUACAUCAAGCAGUUUGCUCCUCCCCCUGAUGAUACUCCUGAGCUUCUUGAGGCCCGUCCCAUCGUCAAGUCCUUCUAUCUUGGAACCAUGGAUCUUGGCCAGAAGGUUGACAAGGUUGUAAAGUCGCGCAGAGAAUCCGAUUUCGGUGUCAAGAUGGGCCACAUGCAGGUCCAGGAAACACAUGCAGGCCUGGCCAAUGCCUACAAGAAGCUAGGCAAGGUCAUACAGGCCGUUGGAGACUUCCACGCUGCUCAAGGUACUGCCGAAGCCACCACUCUUGCCGACCCCUUGCAGUACCACUCCAGCGAUGCUUUCAUUGUCAAGGAAACCCUUACCAACCGUCACAUUCUCUUGCGCGAGCUUAUCCAAGCGCAACAAUCUACUCGCAGCAAGACAAGCGCUGUUGACCGACUGAAGUCUUCCACUUCGGUCAAGCGCGACAAGGUCGACGAAGCUCUCGCCGCCCUCGAGGAAGCCCGGGCUCAAGAGUCUCACCUCAAGGAAAAGACAGAUCGCGUGACCGAGAAUCUCGUCCACGAACGUCGCGCCUGGGCCGCUCGCACAACCUCUGAUCUCCGCGCUGCUAUUCGCGAAUACGUCAUGCGCGAGAUUGAGGCAGAACGCCGUACCUUGGCCACGCUCGAGCAGGUCCGCCCAGACGUCCGCAACAUUGACGCUUCAGGCGGUCUCUCACGUCUCGGUCGUGAAGCCCACCCCGUGGUCCGCCGCACUAGUCUUGCCAGCAGCCAGGGGCCCAAGGGCGACGCUUGGAGCGGUGUCCCACGCAGACCCGAUGGCCUGAACCGCAGCAUCAGCGGCAGCUUCGCCGGCACAGGCACUGUUCCCGAAGACGCAGAGGCCGAGCAAGCCGAAGAGGCCACGACGGGCAGGAAGCGAGCCACUAGUAGUGCGAGCAGUCUGGGCCGUUUGGAGGAAGACGACGAAGAUAGAAUCGACGCAAGGAAUGCUGCCAGUCGACUUGCACAGACGACGUUCUAA